UUGUCAGACAGAGGACAGUGACAAACAGCAGUAUGACAAAUCAGCAACCAAUCAUCAAGACCAGCAGGGGGCAGUGUGAGCAAGAUGGACAGGCACAGCCCAAAUCCAGUUUAACGCAUCACUGUGGGUGGAUUGCACGCAACUUGCUGUUGGUGCUCACUGUGCUUGGUGUGAUACUGGGGUCAUUGUUUGGGAUGCUGUUGCGGUACAUUCCUGACCUGGACUCCGAUACCCUGAUGCUCAUCUCCUUCCCAGGAGACAUCUUAAUGAGUAUGCUGAAGAUGCUUAUCCUGCCCCUCAUCAUCUCUAGUCUCAUUACAGGAUUGGCUGGCCUUGAUGCUCGCUCUAGUGGGAGGAUGGGCACAAGAGCCAUGGUGUACUACAUGUCCACCACAGUCAUUGCAGCGGUACUGGGGGUGAUCCUGGUUUUAGGAAUUCACCCAGGAAACCCCAAACUCAAGACGCAGGUCAGCACAGGUCCUAAGAACCAGGAGGUCAGCAGCCUCGAUGCCUUCCUGGACCUCAUCCGAAAUCUGUUCCCUGAAAACCUCCUGCAGGCAUGCUUUCAGCAGGUCCAGACCGUGAUUAAGAAAGUGCCAGUGCCAGGCCAAAACCAGACAGAACCAGUAACUGUCAGUCAGAAGAAGCUGGAGCUCAAGUGGGGCAUGAACGUCCUCGGGUUGAUAGGAUUCUUCACUACCUUCGGGAUCUGCAUGGGGAAGCUGGGAGAGAAGGGGCAGCUCAUGAUCGACUUCUUCAACAUCCUCAAUGAGAUCAUUAUGAAGAUAGUCUGCAUGGUCAUGUGGUACUCCCCAGUGGGCAUUGCCUCUCUGAUCUGUGGCAAGAUCGCCGAAAUCGGGGACCUAGAGGUUGUGGCACGGCAGCUGGGCAUGUACAUGGUCACUGUCAUCGUGGGACUCAUCAUUCACGGCGGGAUCAUCCUGCCCCUCAUCUUCUUUGUCAUCACCAGGAAAAACCCCUUUGCAUUCUACGCUGGUAUCUUCCAGGCUUGGAUCACUGCUCUGGGCACAGCAAGCAGUGCUGGGACUCUGCCAGUUACCUUCCGCUGCCUAGAGGAAAACCUGAGCAUUGACAAGCGUGUUACACGUUUCGUACUACCCAUCGGUGCCACCAUCAACAUGGACGGCACAGCCCUGUAUGAAGCCGUGGCCGCCAUAUUCAUCGCCCAGAUGAACGACAUCGAACUGGAUAGCGGACAGAUCUUAACUGUGAGCAUGACUGCCACCUUGGCCAGCGUUGGGGCGGCCAGCAUCCCCAGCGCCGGGCUGGUGACCAUGCUGCUGAUCCUGACGGCUGUGGGCCUGCCCACACAGGAUAUCAGCCUGCUCAUCGCCGUGGACUGGCUGCUUGACAGAAUGCGCACUUCCAUCAAUGUGGUGGGCGACUCAUUUGGCGCAGGGAUUGUGGACUUCCUGUCCCGAGUGGAGCUGGCCGAUAUCGACGGAGACACCCCGUUGCCCUAUGAUGACCUGCAGCCCUCCCCUCUUCUCAAGAAAACUGAUGCGUUUGACCCUCUCAAGCCUCCUGAGUUACCCCCACGCUCUCCCAAACCUCCUCCAUUCAACCAUCACUCCCUCUCCCCUCGGCCCAUACAUUCCUGCUCUCCACGACCUUUCCACAGGAAAGAACCUGGAUACUGCGCCCUACCUACCUUCGACAACCAGGUUCCCACUCUCCCUUGCUGUUACCAAGACAGUGACAGGGAGAGGGAUCGGCUGCGCAGGCAGGAAAGGGACAGAGACUGGGGCAGUGAGACUGAGGAAGAGGAGGAGAAAGAGAGAGUGGUGCACGGUGGGAGCGAUGGAGACGAGAGUGAUGACACAGCCUAUGAUCGCAAACAUGAGAUUCCUCCCGGCGACAUGCCAUGAGCAUGCUGUCACAGCCUCUCCACAACAACCUGCACACGUCUCUCUAGUUUCACCAUAGUUGCGUCAGUAUGUCAUUACUGUUUUAUUGUGCUGUGAGUACAUAAUUACUAUAUGUUAACUUCUUAUCACUACUUUACUUAGUAAUAACAUUACUUAUCACUUCUAAUCACUGACCAGAUCAUUUUC